UUCCCUGACACAUCACACUGCCUGUACCAUAUCACAUAAAAUACAAUCCCGUUAGAUUGAUUUAUUCCCUAUUCAAAGUCGUCUUCUUGUUUUGGAGUGCCUUUGUAUCUAAGGUUAGUCAAGAAUUAUUCUUAGCUGAUUAGUUGUACAGACACCGUCUAGUUAACGCUUGGGUGUAGUGUUUUUUCUUCCGGUGGGGAAUUCCUUUUUUUGCGAAGCAGUCACCGGUCCAUAUAGAUAGCGGCGUUGCAUUCAUCGGUUUACAACCUAACGAAGUUCAUUGUACGAGUUGUUGCGCAUUUGUAUGCUUCCCGCAUCAUCGUCAACAUUAACUGCUGUCACUUCUGAACGGACCUCCGCAGCUGUCUCAGUCGGUACAGAUUCUUCUGGUCAUUCAUCAUGGCGCAAGCACUGCAGCAGUACAAACUACAACUUUCGAGGUAAUUCAUGGUGAGAUCUUGGUGUUAAUAAGGUUAUAUACAAAAUCGACACAUGGUCUCUGUUCCUAGCUAGAUUCGAAUCAUUUACAGCUGGCCAGAAUGGAGGGGGAGGAAACAAACGAACCUCAACCGAACGAUGAAGGAUCUGUCACAGCUAGUCUAGCGAAUAUUUCCAUACCGGCUUCUGAAGCCAACUCUCCGGACCACUCUGAGAGCAGUCAGUCCCGUCCUGAGACUCCUUCCAUUCAGCCACAACAAAUCACAGAUCCCGAACGUUCCAAUCGCCUCUUUGCUGACUCCAAUGCCGCUGGUGAAGAGGAUACUCGUCUGUUUAACCCGCUGGACUAUGAAGACUUUGAUGAACGGCAGCGCAGUCUGGAUACAUUCUUGGAUACUUAUGCACCAUCCAAAGUCAAGAGAUCAGACGGUGUUGGGAAAAUCAUUGUGAACUCAUUACGUUUUAAGGACGAGGGUCUUGGAGACGUAGAAAAGAUACAAGAGGAAUUCAAAAAGCUAUCACACGAAGAAGUCAACUGGCCCACUGUCCGGAAACUUGCGUUGACUCAUAGGUGUAAAAGUGGUAUUUGGCUUGUGUUUCAAAACACCAGGGAGAAAGUCGACGAAGCGUGGAGGAAAAUCGCCAAGGCUACGGUGGCAGAUAUGCUUGGUACUCACGCUAAGGUCACGCCGACUGAAGAUGCAGGAACACCCGAGGAAGUCUUACACUCCGGACAGUAUGUCAUCAGUGUUUAUGCUGAGAACUUUGAUAAGAAAGACGAAGUGUAUAACUUGGAGGAUAAGAUUCGGAAACUUGGUAUGACGGAUCGCAUGGCCUUCAAACCUCGUGUUUACUCCAAGAUUGGUGUGUUUUCCGAAAACAAGUGGGGUUUGAGACCGGGCAUCUAUACGUCACAUUGGCACCCCGACGUCGAUGAGUCUAAGAUAAGGGACAAUGAAAAAUGAAUUUGAUUGCUUAAUGGUAGAUCAGUCUUGAGUUUUUAGUCUAAGGAAAAUUAAGAAGCCUCCCCCCCGCGGAAAAAAAAUUAAAAAAAAUAAAAUAGAAUUUGUUUUAACGGAUUUGGAUUUAUAACAACUUAGGCACUGUAUUAUUUUUACGGGGUUCGCCUAAUUAGGGGAUCCAAUAAAGCAUCUCAUCUAGGCGCUUUGUAACCUUCGGGGAAAGACGCCUGAUAUACAUGCUGAUAUGUAUACAUUUAUGCAUGCAUGUAUGUAUGUAUGCAUACUUUGUAUGUAUGAAAUAAAACUAAAAUUGCAUACAAAGGCUCCAUACCAUCUCAGCUAUCAUUUAUCCGAGUUUGUUUUGUCUUUAUCCUUGUAUAACUGUCCGUCCUGAAAGGGGUUAGUUUCUAGUGAUGGCUUUAAGACCAUCUCGGUGACGGAGUUCAAGUGUACUUUGUUUAAUAAGGGAAUAAAAGGGUAGCGACUAGUGUGACACGGCAAUUCGAGCAUGCAGCACCUUCACCUUGUCAGCACCUUCUCUUUUUAAAUUGUUGCGCGCGCAGUUUGUUUACGUGCUUAAGCUAGCAACCGCUCGUGAAAUAGGUUUAGGCUUUAGCAAUUUUGUUUGCUACUUUAAGCAAACAAAUUUGCUUACCGUUAAGCAGCCCUAUGCAAUUUGGCCAUGCACAUAGUGCAACAUAUUUGCAAUACGUUGUUAGUGUGGCGUGCAGCGGUGUGUACUUUACGUGUGUUUGUAUGGUAGGUGUAGCGAAGUAAACGAGUGUCUAAAAUGCUUAAGAAACGUUGUACAUUGUAUCAUCUUCUCAUUUACUCUCAAGUUAGUGUGUAAACCUUUCAAGUGGCGCUUUGAACCAUAACAAAUAGUAUGAUAAGACAGAAUUUUUUUAUCGCCCGCCAUUGUGUCAGUAGGGGGCCCAUACCUUCUUCUUUGUUGCUAAAGCAAACGAUCUAAAAUCUUGCGCCUGAAAUAGGUGUACGUUUAGGAAGGGGUAGAAUGAUUUAAACAAUUAUUUUUGCUUACCGUUAAGCAGAUCUAUGAAAUUUGACCCUGGGCUUAUUUUCUGUCCAAAUUUGGUCAAAGUUUUCCAUGCGUGAGGGAGGGAUAGUGUCCUAAAACUGUGUGCGGUAUCACUUUUCAUAAUGUAUUGGGGAAGGUUUUCUUAAUUCACUAAGAAGCGCUUGAAUACAAAUUUGAAAGACUUUUGUUUACUUAAGUGUAAAGAUUUUGUGCAAUUUUGACUUGUCACACAUGUCUUUAAGAGCAGGACACAGAAAAAUAAAGUGUGUACAAGUUCUUUUCUGAAGUUAAUUUUUAUUUCACAUAAUUAUGUUUCUUCUAUUUCUCAAAAAAUGUGCUUUAUUAGGGUUACUUUAACUUACUUUUUGUAAUUUUGACUUGUCACACAUGUCUUUAAGAGCAGGACACAGAAAAACGAAAGUGUGUACAAGUUCUUUUCUGAAGUUAAUUUUUAUUUCACAUAAUUAUGUUUCUUCUAUUUCUCAAAAAAUGUGCUUUAUUAGGGUUACUUUAACUUACUUUUUGUAUAGGUUUUCCAGGCCAGUUUCAGCAAAAAAAAACACAAUUAAAUUCAUUAACAUGCAUUCAAAUUCACGCAUUUUCCCCUGUACCUCUCAAACUAGGUUUUCUUUUAGCUCUUAAUGCAUUCAACUUCGUUUUCGUGCACACAUGAUUGCAUUUUUCUCGUUCAGAUUCGCUUCAGUCAUUCUAUUUCAUUUAUAGGUAUUCAAGACUACACUUUGACCAUUCUUAAAGUGAAGGUACACGUUU